CAUUAAUAAAGUCAUAAAUCAACUAUAUAAAAUCACUCUCAAAUAAUAUUUUUGUUUAUUUUUUAAGUGUUUGUAUAACUAUAUAUUUUGUUCUUAAAUUGAAAAUGCCUGAUAGAAAGUCUCGCCUUUCACGCAAAGCGAGCAAAUCAUCCAGAAAAUCUAAGUCGAGUCGCAGCAGAUCUUCAAGAAGUAGUACAGGAACAUCACUUGGAUCUAAAAGUAGUGGUCUACUUACUUCAGGUAGCGCGACCAGUACCGACUUUAGCACUGACGACUUAUCCUCGAAGACAGAUUUAAGUACAGAAACAUUAAGAAGCCAGUUAAAAAUUUUUACUGAAGUGCGUAGGAAAAAAAUAUUAAUGAUCUUCGAACUAAUGAUCGUCGGGCUACUACUAAUUGCCGGAGCAAUACUAGGCAUUGGAAUAAAUAUGUGGUCAGAGAGCAGACAGUUGUUCCCAAUGGAGGGCUCAAUUCCAGACAUAGUCCCGCGAAGCAGAAGCAAUCCAUUCCCUUAUAUACCCUUACAAAUUCAAAACAAGCAAACCGAAGAGUGCAUAGACGACUUGGGUGCUGGCGAGAGAGACAAGUGGAUCACAAGAAUUACUUUAGGAUACGUAGGAUAUUUCACUAUGAGGCCUUGUCAGCGUACGUUCCACUUUGCCCAAUAUUUUUUAUAUACCAAGUCCGGUCAGUUUAAAAAAAAUGAUCUUUGUUGGAAAUACAACCGUUGGGACAACCUGUCGAGUAUCACGAUGCAACUUCUAAAGUGUUCCGGCGACCAUGGAAAUGAGUACGCCGUAAUAACCGAAAACUCCACCAUUUACGUGCCAUACUAUGAUAAAUGCCAAACGCCUUUUACUGCUACUACGGUCAACACCGAAAGAGUCGGAUUAUACCUUGAAGAAUGCAAACCCGUUAAGUAUCAAAAGUGGAUAUUCAAAAGAUACAACCAUAAUCGGCAGCCAUUCAGAUCAUUUUUCAUGAAGCCCUUACCUGGCCCGCUGGGCAACAUGACUUUAGAAGACUUCGAUGGGAAAAGGCUUCGAAAGUCUGUUAUGAGGAAAACUGUAGAUUAUAACUCCUCUGUGAUUAAAGAGCUGGAAAACAGAAUAUGGCAAAGAGAUUACAGGGACCGACGGGCGUUGCAACCAGACAGUAUGUAUUACCCAGAUCUGAUGCCGCCCCCUUCCUACCUGGACAACCCGAUAAACUGUGUCACAUCGAGAUUUGUCAAAACUGCCACGAAUAAAAUGAGAUGUCCGAUUUUUUGCAUGGCAUGGACACCCGAAGGCAGAAGGUUGGUUACCGGCGCCAGUUCUGGCGAGUUCACACUAUGGAAUGGACUAACGUUUAAUUUCGAGACUAUUUUGCAAGCCCACGACAGUCCAGUAAGAACGAUGGUGUGGAGCCAUAACGACAGCUGGAUGGUAACCGGAGAUCACGUCGGUUACGUGAAGUACUGGCAAUCGAACAUGAACAACGUGAAGGUGUUCCAGGCGCACAAAGAGGCCCUUCGUGGCAUAAGCUUCAGUCCGUCGGAUUCGAAGUUCGUGACUUGCUCGGACGACGGUACGCUGAGGAUAUGGGACUUUCUCCGAUACCAAGAGGAACGAGUUUUAAGGGGUCACGGUGCCGACGUAAAGUGCGUCCAUUGGCACCCACAAAAAGGUCUUAUUAUCUCGGGCAGCAAAGACAACCAACAACCUAUUAAAUUAUGGGAUCCCAAAACUGGACAAUCGUUAGCUACUUUGCAUGCUCACAAAUCAACGGUAAUGGACUUGAAAUGGAACGCAAACGGUAACUGGUUAAUAACCGCAUCUAGGGAUCACCUUCUAAAGCUGUUUGACCUUAGAAACUUAAGUCAAGAAGUGCAAACGUUCAGGGGACACAAAAAGGAGGCUUCCAGUGUCGCGUGGCAUCCCGUGCACGAGGGAUUGUUCGCUAGCGGUGGAUCUGAUGGCGCGAUCGUAUUUUGGCAUGUCGGAGCGGAUAAAGAGAUGGGAGCAAUAGAGCAAGCUCACGACAGUAUAGUGUGGACACUGGCGUGGCAUCCCCUCGGCCACAUAUUGUGUUCCGGAUCAAACGACCAUACCAGUAAGUUUUGGACUAGGAACAGACCCGGGGAUCAAAUGAGGGAUAAAUACAACCUUAAUACGCUUCCGGCGGGUAUUGCAGGUUUCGAUGACAUCGAUAUUGGCGAUGAGCUUGCCAACAUCCCGGGUAUGGGUCCGGAAGAUAAAGUGGAGCUGACAGCGUUGAUCGGUGACGAAAACACGACGAUUCCCGGACUGGAUCUCGAUGUCAGUUUAAUUGUGAACGAUGACAAGUCUAAGCCGAAGAAAGUACCGUUUAGUAAACCUAUUCCGAGAAACUUCCAGGCGCAAUGGAAUGAGACGGCUGGUCCAGAUAACACACCCGGAAUCGUACCGUUAGAAAAAAUUACUCCAAACGCCAUCAUUAUCUACGGAAAGUUAAUUCCCGUUGAAGCGGGAUCGUCUUUAGAAAAAGCCAUAUCGGAAGGUCCAGAGGCGCUACAAAAAUACAUCGACUCCGGAGCAAUAGAGGAGCUGCACGACGUGAUGCCCAUAAGGGACCCCGACGAGGACGAAUACUUAAAGGACACGAAUCACGAGGAAAUCGAACGGAUGCACAACGUGAGUAUCACCGACGCCGCCCAAUUCCUGGACACUAUGGAGGAAGAGGAUCCGUUCGCCGAUGAGGACGACGUGAAGAUCGUCGUCGAGGAUCGCGAUAUGAGGAUCUUUAAUUCUAAAGGAGAUAACGACAUAAGGUCAUUCAAUGACACCGAUUACCGCAACCAAAGCAUGGAUCCAAGAGACGCUGACUUCGACAUGCGUCAAUCGUUUGGAAGAAGGGGAGCGGGUGGGAUGCCGCCGAUGCGGAUGAAUCUAGAACCACCGUUUAGGGGACAGUUUAGGGGGGCCAGGACACCAAUGGGCCCCACCGAUAUGGAUAUCGAACUGGACCGGGACAGUCCUAGAGGUUUCGAUAGUCCUAUGGGAGGCAGAGGUAGGUCGUUUGGUGGACAAAGGCCUAUUAUGGGCCAAGGAAAUGGAGGUUUCCGGGGUCGAAAUGACCAAUUCGAUCAGGGGCCCGAUAUACAGAGACACGAGUUUGCGGAUGACGAUUUCGGCGAUGAGGAUUACAGAAACGUGCACAGUUCGAGGGGUGUGUUUGACAAGUCGGAGGACGAUUACCAGGAUAAGUUUCAUGAUGAGUACUACGAUGAUGGACCACACAAUAACAGUUGGCAAAGGAACGGGGGACAACAGCAGCAAAAAUUCCGUAGUAGAGGAGGACCAGGUAACUUUAAUCAGCGAAGUAACUUUAAUACUUCUCCAAUGGGAGGCUCAAGAGGAGGAGGAGACCGUGGACCAGACGACGAUUGGGACAGUUCAUCUAACCAACACGAUUUCCGCGGCCAGAAUAGAAGUGGAAGAGGUGGAGGAACGCCUAGAAGUGGACGUAGCGGAGGCAAACGAGGCGGAAGAGGAAAUAGAGGAGGUGGACGAAGAGGAGGCAGAGGUCGAGGAACAUAAGGACGAUAAUAGUGCUAUUUGUAUCAUGAGUGUGAAAAUAAAAACGUUUCGGCUAAAAACAGUGGUGGCUCUGCAUCUCUGUUAUACUGGCAGAUAUUGUGGCUAAAUGAACUGUGAACAUUGAUGUAUUGUUUUAAUUAUAGAAUAGAUACUUA